AUGGCCGGGGAGAGCAUGACUAGCAAAACAGCACAAACAUAUUCCGAUCUUGAAGUUUCUCCAGGUGAAGUCCAACCCUUUCGCAUAUCCAUAAAUCCUAAAUUGCUCAAAGCAGCAAGAUCAGGAGACAAAAGAAUUCUGGAUGAAUUACUACAACAAAAAGAUUUUUUUUCUGAGGCUUCGGUGGGGGAGAUCGCAAUAACAGUACCAGAGGAUGCUCAAACACAAGAAGAUACUAACUGCCUCCUUGGAGUUACACUGGAGGGGAACACGGUCCUCCAUAUAGUUGCUAGCCGAGGAUAUCUCGAGAUUGCCAAGGAGAUCUGUCGUAGAGAGAUCUCUCUUUUGGUAGCGCCAAACACGAGGCUCGACACUCCACUACAUUGUGCUGCAAGGGCCGGGGAUGACAAGAUGGUCUCCUUCAUCAUCCAGUUUGCGAAGGAGGGCGAGAUUGAAGAAAGGAGAGUACUGAGGGCGAAGAACAGAGAUGAGGCGAAUGUUUUGCACGAGGCUGCCAAAUAUAACCAUGCGAGCGUGGCCAAAGUACUGAUGGAGGAGGAUGCUGGACUGGCAUCAAUGUCGAAUAGUGUCGGCAUGUCUCCGCUCUAUCUGGCCAUUAUGACAGGAUCCCUUGAUGUAGCCAAAGCUUUGCUACGGUCUUCCUCCUGGGAGAAGACUUCUCUGGCAUCUUACAUAGGCCCUAAUAAGAAAACGGCAUUGCAUGCAGCAAUCCUCCUGGGUCAAGGAAUUACACAAGACUUAUUGGAUCGGAAGCCAAUGCUCGCCAAAGUUGUCGAUUCCUCUAGGAGAAUUCCUCUUCAUUAUGCAGCUUCGGAUGGUCACCAAGUUACGGUGAGGCUAUCAUUAGAGAGCGAUCCCCCCACAGCCUACCAACCAGAUGCCAAUGGCUCAUUUCCCAUGCACAUUGCAGCUGGUACGGGAAACGUUCGUAUACUUGAUCAUAUUUUAAAACAGUGCCCGGCUACAGAUGAAUUAUUAGACGAGGAGGGAAAGAAUUUUCUUCACGUCGCUUUCAAAUGUGGAAAUUUAGAUGUGGUCAAAAAAAUUAUCUCCAAGAGACCGGAUCUCAGGAAGCUGUUAAAUGACCAGGAUAACGAGGGAAAUACGCCGUUACACACGGCCGUUACAAACAGUGACCAAGGGAGCGUGCAUUUUCUUCUCCGGGACAAAACCGUACGCGUCAACGUUUUCAACCACGACGCGCGGCUUCACCCCUCUCGACUUGGCUUACAGAAUGCUGGAUGA